GGCGGGAAGAUGCUGAGCAGGUUGAUGAGCGGCAGCAGCAGGAGCCUGGAGCGCGAGUACAGCUGCACCGUGCGGCUGCUGGACGACAGCGAGUACACCUGCACCAUCCAGAGAGAUGCCAAAGGCCAGUACCUGUUUGAUCUUCUUUGCCACCAUCUGAACUUACUUGAGAAAGACUACUUUGGCAUCCGCUUUGUGGACCCAGAUAAGCAGCGGCACUGGUUGGAGUUUACAAAGUCUGUUGUGAAGCAGCUGAGAUCCCAGCCUCCGUUCACCAUGUGUUUUCGUGUGAAGUUUUACCCUGCGGACCCUGCUGCCUUGAAGGAGGAAAUAACCAGGUAUUUAGUCUUCCUGCAGAUCAAAAGGGAUCUCUACCAUGGCCGCCUGCUCUGUAAAACAUCUGAUGCUGCCUUGUUAGCAGCCUAUAUCCUUCAAGCGGAGAUUGGGGAUUAUGACCCAGGAAAACACCCUGAAGGCUACAGCUCCAAGUUCCAAUUUUUCCCCAAACAUUCAGAGAAGCUGGAAAGGAAAAUUGCUGAGAUUCACAAGACAGAACUCAGUGGUCAAACACCAGCAACAUCAGAACUGAACUUUUUAAGAAAAGCGCAGACAUUGGAGACGUAUGGAGUGGAUCCUCAUCCGUGUAAGGAUGUGUCAGGAAAUGCUGCAUUUCUGGCCUUCACUCCUUUUGGGUUUGUUGUUCUGCAAGGAAAUAAGAGGGUCCACUUCAUUAAGUGGAAUGAGGUGACCAAGCUGAAAUUCGAAGGGAAGACUUUCUAUUUAUAUGUAAGUCAGAAAGAGGAAAAGAAAAUUAUUCUCACAUAUUUUGCUCCAACUCCAGAAGCCUGCAAGCACCUCUGGAAAUGUGGAAUCGAGAACCAGGCCUUUUACAAGCUGGAGAAGUCAAGCCAAGUCCGCACAGUAUCCAGCAGCAAUUUAUUCUUUAAAGGGAGCCGGUUCCGAUACAGUGGCCGAGUUGCAAAGGAAGUGAUGGAGUCUAGUGCCAAGAUCAAACGGGAGCCACCAGAAAUACACAGAGCAGGGAUGGUUCCCAGCCGGAGCUGUCCCUCCAUAACCCAUGGCCCAAGGCUGAGCAGUGUCCCCAGGACCCGCAGGAGAGCUGUCCACAUCUCCAUCAUGGAAGGCCUCGAGUCCCUGCGGGACAGUGCACAUUCCACCCCGGUGCGUUCCUCUUCCCAUGGGGACACCUUCCUGCCCCACGUGAGAAGCAGCCGGGUAGACAGCAAUGAGCGAGUGGCUGUGAUUGCAGACGAGGCCUACAGCCCUGCAGACAGCGUGCUGCCCACCCCGGUGGCUGAGCACAGCCUGGAACUGAUGCUGCUUUCCCGGCAGAUCAACGGGGCCACCUGCAGCAUCCAGGAGGAGAAGGAGUCUGAGGCCAGCACCCCAACUGCCGCAGAGGUGGAGGCCCUUGGGGGAGGGCUGAGGGCCCUGUGUCAGGGGCAUGGCAGGCCAGAGGAGGAACAGGUGAAUAAGUUUGUUUUAAGUGUCCUCCGUUUGCUCCUUGUGACCAUGGGACUCCUCUUUGUUUUGCUCCUCCUCCUGAUCAUCCUUACCGAGUCUGACCUUGACAUUGCCUUUUUCCGUGAUAUCCGACAGACCCCCGAGUUUGAACAAUUCCACUAUCAAUACUUUUGUCCCCUCAGGCGAUGGUUUGCCUGCAAAAUCCGCUCAGUGGUGAGCCUGCUCAUUGACACCUGAGAAGGCAUGACUCCUCCCAGUAACUAGCCAGGUGGACCCAGGAGCCCGGCUGCCCACUCCCAGCAAUGGGACCCAUUGCGGAACCAUCGGCAUAUAUACCAAGUCCUCCUCUCAUGACUCAAAGCCCACUGCAGCCUAGGAGGGGUGUUUCCCAGAAGAAGAAAGGGAUAGGCUCAUGCCCUGACUAAACAAACUGGGAAAACUCAUUUUCUUCAGAGGUUCUUGCAAGAAAGGCUCAGCAACUCUUUUUCUCAUCCUUCUAAUUUGCAGAAUAACUUUUGGUUUUGAAUUUUGAUUUUUUCAUAGAUGUAUAUUAUUUUGGAAAGUACCAAAUGAAAAUAAUUUAUUUUACUAUAUUACUGACGAUCACAGUAGUGUCACCUGGACGCUAGUUGAAGACUAGACAGCUGCCGGCUUCUGUAUUCUGCAGGCGCUUUCCUACUGGUGCUACUGGGUUCCAGUAGACUCAUCACUGCAGCCCCAGUGGGGCAGGCCAGGGGUCUGGACGAUGGACGCUGUUUAGGGUUUCUUGCCAGGCAGAUCUUUUUAAGAAGUGAACAUCCAUGUAGAAUGAUUAAAUGGAAAAUUGCUUCUUAUGAUGGUCUGAGUUGGAUUUUCUUUUCCUUUUGUUCUUUUAAAUCUGAGCAGAGUGGGCAUCUGAAGGCACCACCGCUACCGCAGCAGCAGCAGCAGGGGUGGGUAAGUCUGUCCCCUUAGACUAGAGCCUAGUGGGCGUCACCAUGAGUUUUGCAUAAUGAACUGAGACUCCUGUGACUUUUUUCUGAAAGAACCUCAAGACUUUUAUAGUGCUCCAGAGGCAGUAAAUGAAUUCAGUGAUACCAGAGAGAGUACUGUCAGAAAUAUUGGGCAAAGUAUAGUUAACAGAAACCAGAGCUAAGUUAUCUGAGACACUAUUGAAAUUCAGAGAGCAGUACUUAUUUUGUACCCCCCCCCAAAAAAAGACUAUUUCAAUUUAUAUUUUAAAAACAAAAUGUUAUUUUCUUAUCAAUUCAUAUUUUGUUUUUACUUUAUGGAUUAAGAAAAUAGAACCUGAUGAACUAAACGUGCAAGAAAGAAACUGAUCCUGAGAAUGAAAAGCUUCAGAAAAUAGAAUUCCAAGAUCAACAAACAGCCUUGGAAGGGACCAGGAAAAGAAUCUCUUUAAAUAGGAUUCUGAUACCUACAAAAAAAGAAGGUUGAACAUGGCAGAGACCAACACUUAGGUGUAGAAACACUGCCCCCUAGGGUCGUCCUCUGCAUCAGGAAAGUAAGUUCUAGGAAAGCCCUUGCCGUCCUUCCUGAGGAAAGCAUGCAGAAGCACAGGCUUGUGAAGGGUGGUGUGAGGUCCCAGGGCCCGAGCUCCGCAACUCUUAAACAGAAACAAUUAUACACAAGAUCUUGUUUUCAUCUCAGGGAGAGAUUUCUAAGUCAUCUGGGGCCUGACGAUUUAUUUAAGGACUGUCAGUGGGCAUAUUCCUGGGACCCACACAACAGAACUGCUAACAUCCUAUGACAUUGGACAGCCAAAUGCAGAACAGAGUGAGUCAUUUGUAGAUUUGCUCUCCCCUAGUUUGUCCCCUGAGAUGGUAGAACAGUGUCCAUGUUUGCAAUAAAACACCUGUGGAACA